AACCUGACUUUUUCCAUGUCAUUCUUUAGUUUAAGCCGAAUUUUCGCUCUUAACUCAGUCACAAGAACAAUUGUGAAUCCUGCCAGGUCAUUAAGCACAUCAGGAUGUAGGCUGGCAGAACAACAGGGACAGGGAUCCCAGCUCAUCACUGUGGAAGAGAAGCUGGACAUCAAGACUCUCACCGGUGUUCCCGAGGAGCAUAUUAAGACCCGCAAGGUUCGUAUCUUUGUGCCUGCCUGCAAUGCCAUGCAGUCUGGAGUCAAAAACACACAGAAGUGGAAAAUGGAUUUUGAUACCAGGGAACGUUGGGAGAACGCACUGAUGGGCUGGGCUUCCACGGUCGCGGGGAGCUGGAGCCUAUCCCAGCUAACAUUGGGCGAAAGGCGGGGGACACCCUGGACAGGUCGCCAAUCCAUCGCAGGGCCACACACAGACAGACAUACACUCACACUCACCUCCACAUCCACAUCCACACCUAGGGCAAUUUUUUUUUUUUGGAGACACCAAUUAACCUAGCCUGCAUGUCUUUUGGAUGGUGGGAGGAAGCCGGAGUACCCGUGAGAGAACCCACGCAGACACAGGGAGAACAUGCAAACUCCACACAGACAGGCCGGGGCAACCAGGGUUUGAACCCACGACCUUCUUGCUGUGAGGCGACAGUGCUAACCGCUGCACCACCGUGCGGCCCCCGUGUUUUUGGAAAUUGGAAAUUGGAAAUUUUUCCCUAAAUUUCCAAUUUAGGGAAAAUCCGGACGAGCCCCCUGUCCAACAUGGUGCUGACAUUUAGUACUAAGGAGGACGUGAUUGCUUUUGCAGAGAAGAAUGGUAAUUUGUUUUAUUAUCUUUCCAACAUCAUUACCAUAUUUUUAAGUACAAUAAUGUUCUGAUCAGAAUCGCAUCCAAAAAAUGUCUUUUGAGUGAAAGGACAUUGAACUUUGUGAAGGAAAUGUGUUGUUUGUGGCAUAAAGAUGUGCAUUUAUCCUCACCCUGUCUUCAAUGUGGAGUUUAAGCUACUCAGCAGCAGCAGUGGACAUCACCCAAAUCCAAUCUGUAAGAUAUACUUGGCUGAGAAUGUUUAUUUUUACAGGUUGGAGUUAUGAUAUAACAGAAAAGAGAGUCCUGAAACCGAGAGUGAAGUCAUAUGGAGCAAACUUUUCAUGGGACAAAAGGACAAGAAGGUCGACCAAGUAGACUGUCAUUUCUUCCUGUCUGUAUUAUCUUUAACAGACCUGUAAAGAAUAACAUGCUAUCUAUAUCUA